UAAACGCUGGAUUGAGGGUAAAAUGGUAAAUAGCAGUGAAACGAUGCCGUUUUGAAGCAAUUAUAUAGCAUUGAACGACGACGUGUCUCGGGAAUUUAAUUCCUUUACAAAACAUUGAACGAGGUCGUUGUAAAGGAAAUUUUUAGUUUUAUCUUUCGGUAAUAAUAACAGUAAGAUAACAUUGACACGGCGUCGUUUUAGCGAAUGAUGGUAAUAAGAAACAGUUAGGUAACUCUUAAAACGACGCCGUUUCGGAGAAUUUUUUAAUUUAUCUGUCUUCGUCGUCUUCUCCAAUGGGUGAUCCCUAUUCUCAAGCAGCUCUAUCAGAAGACCGUUAUUUUCGGAGAGUCUCAUGUAAUCGUCUUCUUCUCUGUCUCUCUCUCUGCCUCUGGUUUUGAUUCUACCUUUCGAAGUUUUUUUUUAUUUCUCGAGAGAGGUCCUUUUAAAGAUCUCCCUCAUGGUUAGUAUCUGCUUGGCGUUUAAAUUUGCUUCUUUAGGAUGGGAAGGGUAAAACUGAAGAUAAAGAAGUUAGAGAACACAAACGGACGCCAAGCAACGUUUGCUAAAAGGAAAAAUGGGAUCUUAAAAAAGGCUAAUGAGCUAUCUAUUCUUUGUGACAUUGAUCUUAUUCUUCUUAUGUUUUCUCCUGGCGGCAAAGCCUCGCUAUGUUGCGGUAGACGGAGUAGCAUUGAAGAGGUGAUUUCUAAGUUUUCUCAAGUAACACCGGAGGAAAGAACAAAAAAGAAGGUUGAGAGUCUUGAAGUAAGUUGUUUCACACUAUCAAGUUUGGUUCCACUUCUUGAGAUGCUUUUUGUUUGGUCACUGAUUCAACUGUGUGUUUUAAAAGCUCAGACCUUGAAGAAAACGUUCUUAAAGUUGGAUCACACUGUAAAUAUACGAGAACUUAUAGCCUCAAGUAAUUCAACAACAGAGGACUUGAGUACUCAAGCAAGUAUCCUGCAAGGUAGGAUAUCUGAGAUACAUGGAAGAUUAAGUUAUUGGACAGAAGUCGAUAAGAUAAACAACGUUGACCACUUGGGACAGCUUGAAAUUUCCAUCAGGCAGUCCCUUGAUCAAUUGCGUGCGCAUAAGGAACAUUUGGGACAGCAGCAGCAGCAACAAGCAAUGCAAAUCGAAAACGCAAACUUUGUUAAAGAUUGGUCUACCUGCUCAUUGCAAGAUGGGAUUGAGAUUCCUUUAGAACAACAGCUUCAAUCCAUGUCAUGGGUACUUAAUAGCGACAACACAACCAACAUUAUCACCGAGGAACACAAUCCAAUCCCAAAACGGGAAGUGGAGUGCUCUGCGAGUUCUUCAUUUGGGAGCUAUCCAGGCUACUUUGGAACAGGGAAAUCUUCAGAAACAAGCUUUCUUGAUGAACUAAACACUACCAACGGAGACAUCAAACCGCAGCUAUGCACUAAUAAUAACAUUAUCCCAUACAAUCCUAAUAUUAUGCAGAAUGAUAUUAAGCACCACCAAACGUAUCCUCCUCCUCCUCUUCCUCAUCCUCCGGUUUUCAACCUUCCAGUGAACCAGAGAGAGUAUCAUAUGAAUGGAUUCUUCGAAGCACCACCACAACCACAUGGAACUUCUGCUUACAACAAUAACAACAACCAGGCAAGGUUUGGUUCUAGCAGCAACUCCUUGCCUUGCUCAAUCUCCAUGUUGGACGAAUACUUGUUUUCUCAGAUGCAGCAACCGAACUGAGAGAGCGAUUCGAUGAAUGAUGAUAGAACAUCUCAUUGAAGAAGUCACCAUUUUUUUUUUCAGCAGAACCAGCAAGAACUAAAACAAAACACUUGCAGGUUUCUGAAUUGGUUCCAAGAUGAAGCAAAAACCAGUGGUGAACUCUGGUAGAUUGCAACCCCCACACAAAUACGUUGUUAUAUCUUCAAUAGAUGUUUUGGUGUUGAUUUUUUUUUUAUCCGGCAGAUAUGUUUUUAGUGUGUAUGUGUCUUUGGAGGCUGUCAAAGUAACGCCAUGACGGCCAAAGAUGAUGAGAAAACUCUCUAUUCUUCUUCCCUUCCCUACAAAACUAUAGCUGUAUCUUUCUUUCUUUCUUUUUUCAUUCUUUGUAAUACAAAAACAAACAAUGUUUAUUAAUUAAUUUAAACAAGAAGCAUUUAUAUGUAC